AUGGCCGCUCCACUAUCAGCGUUGCUAAAAAACAAUGUAAAAUGGAAAUGGAGCGAAGUUCAACAAAGAGCUUUCGAGAAUAUUAAAAGUAAAAUCAGUGGAGCAACACUUUUGUAUCAUCCUCGUGAAGACGUACCGUUUUUUUAUACGGAUAAUGCUACGAUUACAUAUUUGAGAACCUGUCGAUUAUUGUCGCCUAGAAUUGCUCGAUAUGCGUUGGUUCUUCAAGAGUUUGAGUUAGAUCUGGUGCAUAUUCCCGGUCAACAAAACUUAGUUGCAGAUGCAUUGUCUCGAUUAUCCGCCAUUAGACCACCUACGCUAGAAGAUAAGCAUUUUAGGAUACUGGCUAGGGAGGAUAAGAAACUUUGCGAUAUAAUGGAAAAAUUGCCGCAAAAUCAGGAGCUACAAAAGAAAUUUGUUGAAAGAAACGGAAUUUUGUAUAUACACCAACAGAACGACGAAUUUUAUCUUUUAUGUGUGCCUAAAGAGUUGGUGGAGAGGUUUACAAUGGAGUAUCACCAUGCGCUGGGACAUUUAGGCGCGUAUAAAAUUUGGUGCGCUUUGCGUAAUGACGUGUGGUGGACAAAUAUGUAUAAAGUGGUUAAGCGAGUAAUAAAGUCGCGCGAAUUAUGUCAGAAAACUAAAGCGAGUAAACUACCAAUUCUGAGUUUACAGUCCGUGGUUUCGACGGAAAAAAAAUGA